AUGAUAGUCAAUGCUUCUUUGAAUUCUUCAUAUAUAUGGCGGCACUGUCAAGUACUAAAGCUAACUGAGAAUAUGAGAUUAAGAGUUGGUUGUCAAGAAGCAGAUUUGAAAGAAAUAAAGGAAUUUGGAAAAUGGAUUUUAAAGCUUCGUGAUGGUCUGCUUGGUGAAGAAAAUGAUGCGAUUCUUGCUCCAACUAAUGAAGUAGUGGAUUCAAUAAAUAAAGAGUUGUUAGAGAGUCUGCCUGGUGAAGAAAAGGUUUAUUUUAGUUCAGAUAGUUCAUGUCAAUCGGAGGAAGAAUCAGAGCUUAAUAUGGUAUUGUUUCCUCCUGAUGUGUUAAACAAUCUUCGUUUAUCUGGUUUACCUAACCAUAAAUUAGUACUGAAACUUGGUGCUCCAGUCAUGUUACUCAGAAACAUUGAUCAGGCAAAUGGAUUGUGUAAUGGUACACGUUUACAAGUCACGAGGCUCGAAAAAGUUGUGAUUGAAGCAAAAAUUAUCACAGGGACUAAUAUAGGUCAUCAUACUUUGAUAUCAAGACUGAAGGUGACACCUUCCAAUAAAAGAAUACCAGUGAAGAUUUCUCGAAGACAAUUCCCACUUUCACUGUGUUUUGCUAUGACAAUAAAUAAAAGUCAAGGACAAUCAUUGGAGCGUGUUGGUUUAUAUCUUCCACGUCCAGUGUUUAGUCAUGGCCAGCUCUAUGUUGCUGUAUCUAGAGUAAAAAGUAGGAAGGGGUUGAAAAUUUUGAUUUGUGAUAAAGAGAAACGAGUAUGUACAACCACUACUAAUGCGGUUUACAAAGAAGUUUUACAAAAUCUAUGA